CGAUAGUAUUAUCGACGUUAUCGAAGGUGUCCCAUAAUUUGUAAAUCAAAUUGGAAUGCAUAUAUUUAUUGCGUAUAAUCUAUUCCAUUAUUUAGGAUAAUUGAAUCUCUGUGUAAUACAAAAUUAGGAUGACCGACAGAACAAUUAAACUCCUAAUAAUUGGCGAAAGUGGUGUUGGAAAGUCUAGUCUCAUCCGCCGAUUCGUCGAAGAUAAAUUUGAUGACAACCACGACGUUACUAUUGGAAUGGAUUUCAAGAGUAAAGUAAUGAAUAUUGAUGGGCUGGAAUAUAAAUUAGCGCUCUGGGAUACGGCUGGUGCUGAGCGAUUUCGCAGCCUUACUCCAAGCUUUUAUCGAAAGGCGUUGGGAGCAGUACUAGUAUAUGACAUCACUAACCGAGAAUCACUGACAAAGUUGGAAGCUUGGCUUGCGGAGCUUGAAAAUUAUAGUGAUAAUCCCAACAUUGCUACUAUUGUCGUUGGCAAUAAAAUCGACAAGGAACGCGUUAUAAGUCGGGAAGAAGGGCUGAAGUUUGCACGCAAGCAUAGGGCUCUGUUUGUUGAAGCAUCAGCAAAGGGAGACCAAUUUGUGGCGGACGUAUUCAAAGAAGUUGUAGAAAAGAUAGUCACAUCGGACUAUUACAAUUCAUCACAAAUCGCCAAUACUAUCGAUGUGAAUGGAGAUGACGAUUCUAAUGUAUCAAGUUGCAGGUGUUGAUGAUAAGUAGUUAAAUCAGCGAUUAUGUAAUUUUGUAAAAAUAAUGUACGUAUAUAUAAGACAAACUAACAUGUAUUUAUAGAAAAUUUAUAACUCGAUUGUGUAUUGUGUAUUAAUUCAAUGAUAAACAUUAAAUAAUCUCACACAAAACUG